CUUUUGAAUUUCGCCAACAUACACGUUACACCUACGUCUCGUCCUCGAAGACUCUGUUUCUGCUUCUGCUAGAGCUUCGCUUCCCCACAUCUGCAUUCUGCUUCGCUCCGACUGCCCCAAGAGCAACAUCCGUGCCGCAGUAGUCAGCGAAAGAAAACAUCCCAGCCCAACCAUCGCCCACAGCACGUAUCAUUGGACUUGGCUCUUCGCUCCAAUCGCUUCGAAUCUGCCAUUUGUGUUCAACUGCAGCCCGUGAAACCCAAGAAUCUGUUUCUGUUUCUGCUGCAAAGUAUUUGAAAUUGUAUGCUAACAUAGCCUGGAAUUUUUGGUAUUCUUAAACGCAAUUUCUGUCUGAGCUACACUCAACCCUAGGGCUAUCUAUAAAGUAUAUAUUGCAGUAUUCCCGCUUAUCCCACUAUCCAUAUCCACACAUAGCACACUGCUCAUAACAUCCAUCACGUAACUCAUACCAUUCUCAUUUUCACUUCGCUUCGCACCUGUCAUUCUCAUAUAACAAUUUUACUAUGCGAAAAGAAUUGAAGUACAUCAUCUGGGCCCACGUCGCUCUCGUGGUCUAUCUCGUCCACUUGACCUUUGACUUGAUCACCCUUCUUCACGACGACUCCUUCACCGAUGGGCUUCUCGACGUCGAGCUCAAUCCGGACAACGGCAUUCUUGAUCGUCCCAUGUUGAUUCCCAAAAUCAUCCACCAGACCUACAAAACUACAGCCAUACCAGAAAUAUGGAAGCCUGGCCAACAGGCCUGUCUCGACUUGCAUCCAGACUACAAAUACAUCCUCUGGACCGACGAGAUGGCUCGUGAGUUCAUUCUGGAAGAGUACCCCUGGUUUCUCAAAACGUGGGACUCGUAUCCGUAUCCCAUCGAGAGAGCCGAUGCCAUCAGAUACUUUGCUUUGUUCCAUCACGGCGGUGUCUAUAUCGACUUGGACGAUGGCUGCGAACGUAGGCUUGAUCCUCUUUUGACUGUUCCAGCGUUUGUAAGAAAGACUGUUCCUACUGGGAUUUCCAACGACGUUAUGGGAUCCAUUCCCAAACACCCUUUCUUCCUCAAAGUGUUGGAUUCUCUUCAGGCGUACCAGCGCAACUGGUUGGUGCCUUAUAUCACGAUCAUGUUCUCCACGGGUCCGUUAUUUCUCUCGGUUAUUUGGAAACAAUACAAGCGUUGGGGAGUUCCUGAGGCCGGAAAAGUACGCAUUUUGAUGCCUGACGAUUACAAAACCCACCCUUAUUCUUUCUUUGCUAUUGCUCCAGGUUCUUCGUGGCAUUUGGACGAUGCUAAGUUCAUCAAAGGAAUGGCCAACCACAUCGGUUUGGCCGUUUUCGCGGGUUUUUUGAUCGCUGGACUUGUCUUCUAUCUUGAAUACUUAUUUUAUUCGUGGAUUAUCUCGAAUCACUUCAAGAAGUUGAUGGUGAGUUGCACAAAAUUCCUCUACACGUUGGCUAGUCCAGUAAUCAACUUGAACAAAAAUAUCAAGAGAAGAUCCAGAAAAGACUCCAAUCUCCCUAUCGAAUUCUCGAUCUUGGAAAAAUUGGAUAACGAGACAAGCGACGUUAUAUUUGUUAACGAACGAGGCUCGGCAUCCCAAGAACUUAAUGAAACCUAUGAAGACAGUCAUUUUAAUCAGACUGCUCACGCAGAGCUUAUAGACAACUCAUCCUCUGCGGAGCAACAUCAUGAUGGUGAAUCGUACAUUACUAAGAAUAAUGACGAUAUAGUGUGAUAAUUACUAAUUCGACUAAUGAACUAAUGAACCAACUUUUCUUUCUUUCCUUCUUCCACAGGACUAAUGUUAGAUCACCAUCUCAUACAUUAUACACAUACAUGUUAAUACAUUAAUCUCUUCUUG